AAAACUCUUACUAUUCAACUUCAUCCAAUUCCAGUGGUAUAACUAUAGAAUUUAUGUCGGCUGAUGAAGAGGAAACGUACACAGCUGCCGCUGCAGGAAAUCCGGGAGCAGUGCAGCGUUCCCCUUUGGAACCACUCGCUUCGAUGGCCAAUACACCCCUAUUGAACCACCGCCGUGACCCUCCUGCAAAGCAACCAUUGCAGCUGGGUAACCUGCAGUUUAUUCCAAAACAAGGUUGCCCUAAGACCGCCUUCAUCGAAAAUUGGCUUGACACUCAGCAGAAUAAAGGUCCACCUAAGCUGGGCGAAACCAAAGCUUAUAGUUCGUCCAUAGGCGAUGUUUCCACAGCUAAGGAUGAAACCUUCGCCACUACUAAUUCUCAGAAAGAUCUCACUAAUGAGCAGGGAGCAGUCGGUGAGAAGCAAAACAUUUCCGCAAAUAAAUAGAUGACGUUCAUCAUAUUCAUCCGUCCAACUACACAGUAUUAAAAAGAUUGGCUCUCUCAAUAUUUGGAAGCUAAGCAUGAGACUUAGUGGACAAACUGAAGAGAUCUCAGAUGAUACUCCAAAAAAUAAUAAAAUAAUAAUACAAAUGAAA